GGGCUUAAUGUUUAACAAACAGUUGAAGGCUUUGAAAUCGAUCUGGCUACGAGAUUAGGAGAAAUCCUCCAUUCCUCGUGGUUCAAACUUUGAACUUGAAGGCAGUGGAACUGGAUAUACAGCUCGGAAUUUGAAGCUUUGGAAUUUGCCCAUGAUUUCAAACUGAAGCAAAUCCAAGUGGCCGCAGCUUAGACUUCAAUGGAGUGUGUGGUUCAGGGCAUAAUUGAGACCCAGCACGUUGAAGCCCUUGAGAUUCUUCUUCAAGGUAUUUGCGGCGUUCCUAGAGAAAGAUUGAGGCUCCAUGAAAUAUGCCUAAAAAGUGGACCUAGCCUAGGUGCUGUAGCAUCUGAGGUUCGGAUCUUAUGCGACCUUGAGCAGGCUGAACCGACAUGGACGGUUAAACAUAUUGGAGGGGCAAUUAGAGGUGCAGGUGCUGAACAACUCUCUGUUCUGGUUAGGACAAUGGUAGAAAGCAAAGUUAGCAAGAAUGUGCUUCGUCUAUUCUAUGCACUUGGCUAUAAGUUAGAUCAUGAGCUGCUGAGAGUUGGUUUUGCCUUCCGCUUCUAUCGGGGUGCCCACAUAACAGUGACAGUUUCAUCAGUUAAUAAGAUGUUAAAGCUACAUUCAACUGAUGAGGCUGUACCUGUAACACCUGGUAUACAGCUGGUCGAAGUGACAGCCCCAGCAACUUCUGAUAACUAUUCUGAAGUAGCCGGUGCAGUGUCGACUUUCUGUGAAUAUCUUGCACCGCUGCUGCAUUUGUCGAAACCAGGAAUAUCCACAGGUGUUGUUCCUACUGCUGCGGCCGCGGCAGCCUCGCUUCUAUCUGAUGGUGCCGGAACAACAAUGUAGAUGGUUCGUUACAAUGCUUGAAGGUUAUUGAGUUGGUAUGGAUAUGGUGGCAGUAAGUUCUUCUAAAGUUUAGGAGUUAACCAAAACUUAAUCUAGAAACGAUUUUCUGUAGUUCCCAUUGAGUUUAAAGUAGCUAGGCUGUAGCAUAUCUCUUUGAUAUCUUCAAGGAAUGAAGCUUAUAUUUAUGUAAAUAUCCUUCAACUACCAGAUCUACUCCACCUGUUCAGAAUUCUUUUUAUCUAAAUCAUUGAAGAAUUAUAUCGCACUUUGGAUUUGGGAUU